AUGGGAAACACACACACAAAGGAGGAACGGGCUGGUUCGCAUCACCACGGUUCCGGCAACGUCAAUGAACCGAGCGGCGGGAGCGGCAUACUCGGGUCUGGCCGGAACGGCGAAUCUCACGGCGGUCGACGAUCCAGCCGCCCCGAACUGGGGCCCCUCGGCAUCGCCGUCAUCGGCUCGUCAAGCUCCCGCCAUCAGGAUGUGCCUUUUGAACGCCGUGAAACGAAGGCUGAGAGGGAGGCGAGGAAGCUGGAGAAGGAGCGUGCUGCUCGCAUCAAAGAACGUGAGCGGAGCAUGAAGGAAGAACACGUCGAUGGCGGUUAUCUUGUCACUAUGGGCAUCUACACGGCAUCUGAGGAUUAUAGCAAACCGGCUGUCCGUCAGCUACAGAUCGAGAGGAAGAUAGCACCUUUCUGGCGCGGUCUGGAUGAUUUCAAUGAAACAUGGGCUGAACACCAGAUCAUCGCUGCCGCUCGAGGUCUCGAGAUCCCCCCAGCCGACCAAGUGCCCGAACACCUUGUCCCGCAACCCCAGCCACCCCAUGACUCUCCCGAAGCGUCAUCUUCCAACUUGAACAAUCUAACUGUCCCAAUGGGGGCACGUACACUCUCAGCUUCAUCCGACCGAACUGCCUCUCAUCCUGCCUCGGCGGUCACGUCUCCAACCUCCCCAAAUGCUCCUAAAGCCACGUCUCCGCUGAAACAACCCAAAAAAGCAUUGGCUGCUGCUCUCAAUCUAUCACGGAAUAACUCCCAACCAGAAAUCGCCCCUCGAGAGAUCAAUCUACCACGCGAUCCUUUUGUUAAUGGUCAAGCCUUGGAGGUCUUUCUUUACAAAGAAGGCGAAGAAUGCCCCUUAUGUCUUAUGUAUUAUCCGCCAUAUUUGAAUAGGACACGUUGCUGCUGCCAGCUGAUUUGCAGCGAAUGCUUUGUUCAGAUCAAGCGUCCGGACCCGCACUUUCCUGAGCAUCAUGGUGACGGCCCGAAUAAUCCAGCCGAAUCUGAGCCCACUCCAGAGGAGAAUAACGAACGCCUGAUCAUGGAACCUGCUAAAUGUCCCUACUGCACUCAGUCCGAAUUUGGUGUCACGUACGAUCCCCCACCCUUCCGACGUGGCUUAGCAUAUGCCUUCCCGCCUUCCAGCCUUGGUGCUAUGAGCACCGCCAUGUCAUCUACUAGCUCCGUAAAUUCGAGCCUUUCGCCCGCAGCUGCGAGUCCCAGGCCAAGUCGUAGGAGGGCACAAAGCGUGUCGGCAAACGCGCCUGGUGUCGUUACGGCGGAUCGCAUACGGCCAGACUGGACUACCAAACUUGGUACAGCUCGGGCCCAUCAACGCCGCCGAGCCGCCGCCGCUGACGCGCUCCAUCAUGCCGCUUUUGUCAUGGGAAACCAGGAGUCGCGGACAUUCUUCGGCCGUACCUCUCGAUUCACUCGGAGAGCAGCCGGAAAUUACCGUGGCGCGGAGAGCCCCAGCAGUAGUGCGAAUGCCCACGAUGGUGCAGAUGACACGCCCCCUAGCCAUGAUCCCGGUGGAUCACCUGCUCCUCUUCGCGGCAAUCGCGAACGGAUCGACGCCGCCCACCUCGAAAGUUUGAUGAUGGCGGAGGCUAUCAGACUUAGUCUGGCAGAUGAAGAAGACCGUAGAAAGAAGGCCGAGAAGGAGGCUCGCAAGGAAGCCAAGAAGAGGGAGAAAGAAGAGCGUAAAUCGGCCAAGAAGAAGGGAGAAGUGUAUAGUGGUGGCAGCGCCAGUGCGAGUUCUCUUAGUCUUACGCUGGGCAGGAUGCGAGGCAACAGUGGUACGGGCAAUCUACGAGUGGAUGCCAGUGUAGCUGCUGCGCAACCAUCGGCACCUGCGUCACCAACAAAUGAUAAGGGCAAAGGUGUGGAACGUGGGAUGACAGAUGAAGCGUCCACGACGGCCGCCGGCUCGUCAUCCACUCUGCCUACUCCGCCCCUGCAAGUACCACGGGGAGCAUCACACCUUCGUCAAAUGAGCAACGCUAGUUCGAUCAGCUCCAGUGGCAUGGAUAGUAUGCCUGGCAGCUUUACCGGUAAACCCCGCGAUACCGAAGAUCCAUAUAGCAGUUCGGAGCCUAUGUUCAAUUUCCGGAGUUUGGCAGAAGUGGUGGGCGUUUCUAUAGAUGGUGAGGAUGACCAUGCCGAUGGCCAAAACAAACUACAUGAUGGGAAAUCAGAACAUCAUGAAGAGCCAGAACAUAUCGAGCAUGCCCAGGGAAUGCGGAAAGAGACUACUCCUCCCGAUCUUCUCGUGACUCCGGACACACCGGCGCCGGUCGAUGAUGACGACGAGGACUCGAAGAGACUUGGACAUCUUGGUACGGAGAAGGAAAGGUCAGGCCAAGUGACACAAUGA